AUGCCAUUCAUCCUUCCAUCAAACCUUAUUCCUAAUGAUAUUAUCCCAGAAUGGAUCAACAGAGGCGACAACGCAUGGCAACUAACGGCGGCCACAAUGGUUGGCCUCCAAAGUGUCCCGGGUCUAAUCAUAUUGUAUGGUAGCAUUGUCAAAAAGAAAUGGGCCGUGAACUCGUGUUUCAUGGCACUUUUUGCCUUUGCAGCGGUCUUGGUGUGUUGGGUUGGUUGGGGUUACCAGAUGUCCUUUGGUUCAGAGAAAUUUUUACCUUUUGUUGGACGACCGGGUGUUGCAUCACUAAGGGCUAGUUAUCUAGUCGAAAGAGCUUUUACCGGAAAGUUUCCCAAUGCAACAAUGAUCUUCUUUCAAUUUGUUUUUGCUGCUAUCACAUUGAUCUUGAUAGCCGGUGCUUUAUUGGGGCGAAUGAAUUUCUAUGCUUGGAUGGUGUUUGUUCCAGUUUGGCUAACGUGCUCAUAUACUGUGGGCGCCUAUAGCAUAUGGUGUCCUGAUGGUUGGCUAUCCCAAAAGGGUAUCAUUGAUUAUUCUGGUGGUUAUGUUAUUCAUCUUUCUUCUGGAGUUGCUGGUUUCACCGCGGCUUAUUGGGUUGGACCGAGGGAAAGUAAAGAUCGGGAAAGGUUUCCGCCCAACAACAUACUAUUGAUGCUUUUAGGGGCGGGUAUAUUAUGGAUGGGAUGGACAGGGUUUAAUGGAGGUGAUCCAUACAUGGCUAGUAAGGAUGCUUCGCUCGCUGUCCUUAACACACAUGUGUGUGCAGCCAUGAGCUUGUUAACAUGGCUCUUGCUCGAUAUCUAUUUCUUUGAAAUGCCUUCCGUUAUUGGUGCUACCCAAGGCAUGAUCACUGGCUUAGUAUGCAUCACCCCAGCUGCUGGAGUGGUGCAAGGUUGGGCAGCAAUUAUAAUGGGACUAUUAUCUGGUAGCCUACCGUGGUUCACAAUGAUGGUGUUACACAAGAGAGUCUCACUACUAAAAGAAAUUGAUGACACGAUGGCGGUGUUCCACACCCAUGCAGUGGCGGGGUCUCUAGGUGGCAUCCUAACAGGUUUCUUUGCCGAGCCAGGGCUAAGUCGUAUUUUCUAUGACACAACAACAGACACGUGGAAAAAAUACACAGGACUCGCUCAUGGUUUCAAAACAGGAAAUGUGAAGGGUGGGUUACACCAAAUGGGCAUCCAAUUGCUAGGAAUAUUAUUUGUUGUAGUGUGGAACAUUGUAAUUACAAGUUUGAUCUGUUUAGCAAUUAGACUCAUCAUCCCUCUUAGAUUAAGUGAAAAAGAGUUGGAGCUCGGGGAUGAGGAAGUGCACGGGGAAAGUGCGUAUGCUUUGUGGGGCGAUGGGGAGAAAUUCCUUGAGACUUCAAAACUUACUUCGGGUCAUGGGUGUGAUGAGUUUUCGGUAAAGGAGGGAAGUAAUCUACGAUAACUCUUUAAUCGCAGUUGAAGUUUGUAUAUCCGAAACAAUACUAUUGUAACAAAUUUAUAUAUAUAGAAGCUGUAGUGAAACUUGUAUAAAAGAAUGUGAAAUUGUGUGUCAGGCUGAAAUAAAUAGAAAGUUACAUUGUGUCCAUUGCAUCUCACAUAUAUAUAGAA